CACGUCUUAAGCCAAGUUCAAUACGUUAACUAUAGCAAUCGCGUCCUGCCUCUAAAUUGUCUUAUCCCCUCCCCCGGCUCCCCGCAUCACUCAAAGCCAGCCAAGUUGCGACGAGAACCUUGCGAAACCGCGUCGUCCUAUAGCUGGGCAACCACUUGCAUUCCCUUACAGCGAGCGUCUCUGCGUCCAAGUCUGUCUAUAGCCGAGACCAACCACCAUGUCGUCGAGCAGGGUGCGCCGUGUCGCCAAAGAGUUGAGCGACAUGGCUGCCGACGCCGCCAGCUCCAACAUCUCGGCUGAGCCUGUCGACAGCGGCGGCGACCUGACACAUCUCAAGGCCUGCAUAUUCGGGCCCCCGGGCACUCCCUACGAGGGGGGCCGGUACAUCGUCGACGUCAAGAUCCCACUCGAGUACCCUUUCCGUCCUCCCAUCAUGAAGUUCGACACCAAGGUCUGGCAUCCCAACAUCAGUAGUCAGACUGGCGCCAUCUGUCUCGACACUCUCAGUACCGCUUGGUCUCCUGUUCUCACCAUCAAGUCGACGUUGCUGUCCCUCCAGUCUCUCUUCGAGAGCCCCGAACCGAAAGACCCUCAGGAUGCCGAGGUUGCCAAGAUGAUGAUCAACGAUCCGGAGGCUUUCAGCAAGAAGGCCCAUGAGUGGGCAGUCAUCCACGCCGGCGCCCCCAGAAGCGACAAAUUCCAACAAGUCAAACCCCGCACUAGCGUCCCUCAGCGCGAGCGAGUCGAUGACAGCGUCUACGACGGUUACAAUAAGAACCUCAUCAACCGGUUCGUGAAUAUGGGAUUUGAUGUGGACAGGGUUGUCGAAGCGUUUCACUAUGUUGGCAUUGAAACAUACGGCGGCGAGGACGUAGAACUAGAGGCCGAGUACAUGGGAGACAUCACGGCUCGAUUGCUUGGGGAGCCAUGACCUUCACCGGCAUCUCAAGAUAAAAGCUGUGUUGCGAGAAGGGACACUCCUUUGGACUCACAUUCCCCAGCCGAUAUCUCCCAAGUUUCUUCUAUCUUUCUUUACUAGCAGCAUUCUUGCCACUUGCAUACAUACGCGGGGCCUAUACAAAGCGAGAGCAGCGUGCGUCUCACUUUUUCUCGGCUAAGUAUCCUUUUUUUUAUAACCCCUCCCAACCCCCAUCAAACCCAGAAGAGUCAGGGGAGUUGUUUAUGGACUUGGCAUAAAGGGGUCCGGCGUCAAACAGGAUAAUUACGGGCAGCUUAUUCAAUCUAAAUGGUGUCAACGGGCUGGACUAUAUUAUAUGUUUUAAAAAUACAAUCCUAUUCGCUAGCUUUAUCAUGAGGUUCUGCUGGCGAUGAUAGGAUAGUAACACCACCCGCUUAGCGUGCUAAUUCUCAUGCUCAAUCCAUGAUGGUGUCUUUUUCAUAAUAGGUGGGAUUUUUAUAUGGGCGCACACAUCUCCCGCGACGAACCUGUCACCUGUGCUCAUAUUUACCCCUGACCUUUGGGUAUCCGCGAGCUCGUUCAGCGCCUUACAGGCUCACGGGUCCUUGGCCACAAGUUGGGUUGUUCAAAUCUUAAUAACAAGAUGAUGAAAUGCUCAUCCGACCAUACUU